AUGCGGCAAUACAGCCGAAAUAGGCAAGCCCAGCGCCGGUAUAUAAAUAUGUGCAUAAAAGCCAGCGGAAUUGCUACCGACAUGUAUCUGCUCGCGAAAGAUGCGAUCCCAGUGAUUGUUGCAUAUUGCCUGCAUAUUGCCUGCAUAUUGCCUGCGAAAAGCCUCCAGACCAUAUCACUAGCGAUCGUUGGCCAUUUGUCACCUGAGAACCUUGUAACUGCAGCUUUUGCAUACAUGUAUGCCACAUUUAAUUCCGAGCCUGUGUUUAAGUUGCUUGGGCAAGAGCCUGCGUUUUCCAGGGAUACUGCCAGCUUUCUGACUCUAUUCAUCCCAGGAGGGCUUGGAUAUGUAUACUUCGAAGUUAUGAAGUAUCUUCGGGCUCAGGGCAUCAUGCGACCUGGCACCUACAUCCUCCUAAUCAUAUCGCCUCUAAAUGCUGGAUUAAACUACCUAUUCUGCAUAACCCUUCAACUCGGUCUAUGGGGUGCUCCGCUAGCAACAAGUCUAUCUUACUGGCUCUGUUCCCUAUCAAUGGUUCUAUACACCAACCUCGGCCUGUUCACCCGCCUCGCUAUCCUUGGAAUCAUCCACGUAGGAGCGGAAUGUAUCAUCAUGUCUGUCGACCAAGUGUUAAAUACUAUUCCGUUUGGUAUUGGCGUGGCUGCUUUCACUCGUCUGGGGAAUUUGCUAGGCGCCCGAGAUACCCGUGGAGUAGCGAGGACGGCACAAGCAGCAAUAUGGCCGAGCGUUGUAUUAGGAUGCGCUGCCAUGAUGAUUUUGUUGGCUGUGAAUGACUAUUUCGCCAGGAUAUUCAGUAAUAAUCCAGGUGUGGUGGGCUUGAUGGCGCAGGUUAUACCCUACGUUGCUCUUUUCCAGGUCGCUGAUGGGCUUCAUGGAAGUUGCAGUGGGUUUCUCAGAGCAACAGGGAAGCAGCAUGUGGGCGCUGCAAUUAACAUCAUUAGUUAUUACUGUAGUGCUCUGCCGUUUGGUAUCUGGCUGUCGAGACAUAGAUUUGGGUUGGUUGGUUUGUGGAUCGGGCAAUGUGCUGCGCUAUACACGACGGCGUUGGCUGAGUGGGCUAUUGUUUGCUUGAGCGAUUGGGAUAAGGAGGUAUUACGUGCUUUGGAGCGAUUGGAUGAUGGAGAAGGUUGGGUUAUACAUGGAUCAGACUAG